AGAUAAAUCGAUUUCAUGUUUUAUUUAGGUCAGGGUAUUCAGGUGGUUCAAACAUUAUUAGUGGCCGACAUAGCCACUCCGGCUGUGUUAGGCUACAAUUUUUUAAAGAAUCAAAAGGCAAUCUUUAAUGUCGGGGAUGCACUGUUGACUGCAUGGCAAAGAUUUUGAUUGUAUAUUAGAGACUGAUUUGUCUACAAAGUGCCGAAUUUUAAUGCAAGAUACUGUCAGAGUGCCUCCCAUGACAGAAAUGAUUGUUCCUGGAAAAGUACAAUGUCAACACUUGGGUGAUACACCUCUGUGAAUUGAAAUGAAUGGGAAUUUGGCAGAUAGAGAAAAAUUUCCUCCCCUGAUUAUUGCCAAAUCCCUUGUUGACCCUAGUCAACCUUUCAUUCCAAUUAGAUUGGCUAAUCUUAGUUUAGAACCCUUGUUCCUUUACAAGAAUACUGCAGUAGCAACCGGGGAACCAAUAUUCGAUGUGGGGAAUCUCGUUGCUUCUUGUGGGGAAAAAGUUGAUGUUGAAGGUGGUGCUUUUGGGGAGGUUGGUAAAUCAAUGGAAAAUGUUACUCAGGUGGUGAAGGGCAAACUUGCUAGACUACGACCUGACCUUUUACCUCGCGACAGUGGCGACGAGCCGGAGGAGUCUCGACGCUAUGAUGACGGUCAUUCAGAGACUGAAGAUCCCCUAUGCUUUGGAGCGUUCCUAACUGGGGAUCCGAGAAAACGUUUAGGUCUGACCCCCUGCACUGCUGUAGCUGGCGAGGCGCUGGAAAGUGAAGCUGAAAAGUCCUUAGAAGACGCGCCUAACGUGCACCUCGUUCAGCCCUACACGGAUAGGAUGAAUGAUUGUCCAGGGCACGCCCUAUGCUCUCAUGACGAUGUUGUAGUAAGGUCUAAAUUAGUGCCUGGAAAUAACAUUGCAGCUGGUGACAUUGAAUACCAAUCUCCCGAAAAGACGGACGAAGAUAUACCUGACCAUUUAAGACAUCUGAUUGACAAUUCGACAGACAACUUGUCCAAUUGCGACCGUAUAAGAGUUAUGAAUUUUCUGUUACAAAAUCAAGAUGUUUUUCAUAAUCUAAAUUUGAUUUAUAGGCGAGACUAGUGUUAAUUAUAACAAGAUAAGAAGAAGAGUUAGCUUUAACUUAAUUCCUGAUACCAGAUGGGAAUAUUAUAUCUUAACCUGAAUUAUGAUUGACUU